UAGAGCUCUGGCAAGUCCAUUUAGUUGCCUGAUGUACGCACCCAAAAUAGAGAGAGGCUGGCUGCCUGCCUGCCAGUUAUAACUUUAGUUGGUACCAUACUGAUGAAAGAAGUAGUUACUGUUCCAAAAACCGGAAUAUUCUGAUUGAAGCUGCACGGAAGUUUCAUUUAAGUAAUCGUAUUCUUUGUAAGUUAGACAGAAUGCCCCGCUGACAGCAGGGUUUCUUUCAGACGGUGUUUCUCCAGACACUGUUGGUUCUCUGCAGAUGAUAACAUCUCGCAGGCAGUGAGAUCUGUGCUGAACGGGUGUCUCUUCUUCUGGAAUCCCCUCCGUUUGCGGUGUCUCCCUGUCUCGAAUACAAGGGUGGGCAGGGCCGGAGCCAGCCCCGACUGAGCAGGAGUUUUGAUUGUUGUCAAGUUUAAAAUAACGUUAAAAUUAGACCUUGGAAAGUAAUAGAAUAUGCCCAAGAUUUCUGGGAAUGUUUAUCCCAUGCCUGGAAGUGAGAAAUCCAUUCUGUCCCCAGCUCUGUCUCCCGGCACACGCUGGAUGGAGAUCGCUCCUCGUGUUGCCCAGCCCUGAUAAAGGGCGCUUGCGUUCUAAAACUCAAGGGCAGGGAAGCUCAAAGAACAUCAAACCCAGUGCCCGGUGCAGGAGUCCAUCAGAGUACCCCGUGCUCCCGCCCUGCCAUCAGUCCUCGCCUUCCAGGGGUGGGGAAUGUGGGGAGACUGGUGCUUCCAUUCCUGGAACAUUCAGGCAGUUCACUCUGUGCUGGCAUCGUGUGCAGGAGAACACGGAAAUCAGGGAACGAGCUGGAGCUGUAGUUUCCAGAGCUGGGUGCAGAGCAAAGGGAUGAUGUGAAGGUGGACCCAGGGCAGUAAGUUUAUAACCAGGGACGGAGCCUCUCGCCCAUGGCUUUCUUUGUUUCUUCUGUGCCUCCCCAAACUACUUGCAUUGAUAAUAAGCCAUCGCUUGGUGUGGCCGUGGUUACUGAUAAGUCUAAAACAGAAACGGUCUUGGAGAUGCAGAGCAGCAAAGGAAAAGCCCGGCUUCCCUGAGUAACGGGAACCUGAUGAGGAUGGGUUUGACUUCAGCGUUGGGAUUUUAAGCAGCUCGACACCUGGCAAAGAGGAGAUCCAGAGCACUCAACUCCUUGGGCUACUGCAAAGCUUUCCAAUCUGGUUUUGAACACUUCAGACCUUGGCCAUCCAAAGGGAGGAGGGGUUCGAGCAGGUGUCAACUUUCCCAGCUGUGAGCCCGCAGUGGGGAUGCCUCACUUCUUGUCCCAAUCCUGACAGCCGGGGCUGAAAUCAUCCUGACCGUGGCAUCCAAGGCACCUGACACUCAGUGCCUGUACCACAUUAAUUUUGCUCUUCUCCCUUCCUCCUAGACGGACUUCCUAAUUUAGCUGGAUGAGGUCUCCAUGCCCCGGAGGCCCAGGGUGUGCAUCCAGGGAGAGGAAGGGGCACCGCUCGCCCUCCCGGAUCUGGGAUGCCAUGCCGGGACUGGAGGCCACGCUCUCCUCCGAGCUAGUGCCCUGGAACUCCCCGUGGAGGGCAUCUUGUGAGCAGGCGGCAUGUGCUGGACCAAGGGUGCUGGGAGAACUGGGAGGGCUGGGGUGGGGGGCAGUGGCUGUUGAGGGUCCCUCAUUUGCAUGGCCCCGCCCCUCGGGCUUUGCAGUGUUGGGGUCCCGGUGGCAGUUGGGCACCGGGCUCAGCACAGGCAGCAGCUCCUGGUGGAACUCCUCGCGCCGGCGUGAAUCCUGCCGUGGCUGGGAUCCAAGAGAGGUGAGAUAGAACCUGCCCGUCUCCCCACACCCCUCACGGGUUCCCUGUCCCUCGUCCAGUGACCGGUGCCCUUGCUCCUAGGGAGUGCAGCAGCUCUCGGAGGUGACUCUGUCCUGUCUGGGGUGACAGGAGCCCUUUCAGAGGGGAGAGAGAGGUAAAUUCUGGGGGCCGGGCCAAAUGGGACGGAGCAGAGAUGGGCUGUGGUUCAGCUGGCCUCAGCUGUGCAGCUGCCAUGGAGCUGCAGUCGUCUGCCCUGCACAAGGGGACCGGGCCCCGCUUUGCUUUAGAAGAGGCAGAAGGAAUAAAACCAGUGACUGCAGGGCGCUCUGCCUGACCCAAGCUCUGAGCCUUUCCUGCAGGAUCGGGUCAACGGAGCUGGAACUCGCUGGUUCUGCUGACUGACUCUCUGUUGCCCCAAAACGGGAGCGGGGCUGGCUCGGGCGUGGGUGUCCAUGUUAGAGACAUCCAUGUGCAGUCAGGUGAAACCCACCCUGCUCUCCCGUGUUCCUCACCAGGCCUCGCACAUCGCUGCUGAGAGCCCUUGGUGAAGCCACGGGCGCUCUCUGUCUCUGUUAUUUCUCUUUCUUUUGUUUAACAGAAGGAAAGUCAGCCUCGGCCAUUCAGUCGUGGAAGAAAGUUUGUGCGUGAAGAUCUCCUGGAAGAUCCAAGCGCGGGCGAAAUCGAUGCCUCUUCCUCUCCUGUUCCCCUAAGGAGCUCAGGCACCCUCUGCUCGCCCUGUGUCUGAGCACCGCUGCCCAAGGCACCCAGCGAUGCACAGGGAGAUUCUGUAUCUCCCCCUGCACCGUGGAGUUUGUUGGUCAGCAGGAAUGAAGUCCUUUGAGGACCUGAGCUGACCGAAGUGCCCUGAAGGGAAAAGGGCGCUCUGUAACUUCCCAGAGGAAAUAUUGGAAUAGAAGCAAAUAUAUAGAAAUCGUUUGAGCAGAAGCUGCCUAAAAAUCAGCUAAAAAUUCUUAGCUUAGCACUAUUGUUUUAGUUUGGAGUUUUGUGUAUUUUAGAUGGAGAGUUUGAAUUUAAACAACUUUACUUUAGUCUGUGGGGGAAACGCGUUCCAAGAGCCAGGAAGUUCUUUAGAGUGAGAAGAAGCAAAGUAGCAGCUCCAAAGAGGGUUUUAUGUUGACAGGUCUUUGUAAUUUUGAACUCAAAUCUACAAGUCCCUGUAAAUUUAAAGUGGCCAAAAAAAAAAGAGGGGUUGGGCAUUGCUCUCAAGACGUGUGUCCCCUUCUGUGCAGACGUCUCUCCGGCUGCAGCCAGCGCCCAGACAUCCCAGCGCAAAUGGAGGAGCCAAAGAAGAAGUUAGCAAGGGCCAAAGGAGAAAAAGUUGGCACGGAUGAUGAAGACGGCCGAUGCCUGCUAGAUCUGCAUGCACUGGAGGAGUCCUCGGGAAAACCUCUGAGCACAGAGCCGAGUCGGCCCACCACCAACGUGGACCCUCGCCUUUUAGAAGAUGAAGACCUGGGCUCACCAUCCAGCAGCGGAGUGAACCUGAAGAACUCGCAGCAGCCCUGCAACAUCCUCCAGCAGCCCGUGCACCAGGUCACCACAAAGCCCUUUGGUUCCAACACUGCUGUGACCACGCAGAACAAAGCCGCCCUGCAGCAGCAGAAGGUCCAGCAGAACCUCUCUGCCCUGACCAGCAAACCCGGGCAGAACGUGGUGCUGUUGGGCUUCCCCCAAGGGCUUCCAAGCGACACCUUCAAGCAGCCACUGCCACCACAGCAGCGAGCCCCCAGCAAGCCCAGGAGUGUCCACCUGCUGAGCCAGGGCAGCAGCAGCAGCAGCGCCACGCAGCACGUCGCGCAGGCCAUGCUGCAGGGCCAGAAGCAGAUCCUGCUCCCCGGGCAGCUGGCGGGUGCCUGCGCUGUGCAGAUCCCCCAGCAGCUCUCGGCCCUGCAGACCAACAUGGGGAGGCAGAUCCCGAGCACCUCCCGCCCCAGCGGACAAGCCCACACCACAACCAGCCAAGGGCCGGGCGCACGGCUGAGCAUCUACCAAGUCUUGCCAGCCCACAUCCUCUCCAGCCAGCACGUCGCCGGGCAGCUGAACCUGUGCCACCUGCUCCCAUCGCAGAGCACCCCUGGCACCGCUCACAUCCUAUGGGCUCCCAUGCAGCUCCAGCCCAGCCAGGUUCCUCGAGGGAUUCUCCUGCAGCAGAAGCAGCAGCCCCCCACCAGCCAGGCCCCCUCCGCGCUCGGCACAUGCAGUGCCACGGUCUCCUCCGGGAUGGUCAGCAGGCAGGGACAGGCGGUGGCGGCCACGGCAACAUCAGGGACCCCCAUGCAGAGCCACGCGCCCACUGCUGCCCUCCCACCCUCCUCUGCAGGAAAAAGGCGGUGGGAUGCCACCUGUCAGCGCAGGGAGCCAGGACCAGGGCCAUCCAAACGUGCUGCUCGGUCACGCCCAGGCAUUUCCACCUCAGUUCCUGGGGACAGCAGAGCCUUCCCCAGCACUUCCACGCUGGUCUCUCCUGGGAAGGGGACUGCAGCCCAGGGGAGGUCAGGGACAGCUCAUGCCAGACAGCAGCCAGUUCAGUACGACAGCGAACUCCAUCCAAAGAAAGCCUCGACACUGCAGCCCGGCAAGGAAGCCUGUUUCCUGGAGCAGCUGCACAAACACCAAGCCAUGGUGCUGCACCCUGACUACCGGACCCCAUUCCGCUCCUUGGACGACGCCGUGCAGCGGCUCCUGCCCUACCACAUCUAUCAGGGAACGCUGCCCUCCGACGAAGAGUGCAGGAAGGUGGACGAGGAGUUUGAGGUGGUGUCUGCCCAGCUGCUAAAGCGCUCCCAAGCCAUGCUGAACAAGUACCGCCUGCUGCUCCUGGAGGAAUCCCAGAGAGUCAGUCCUUCUGCGGAGAUGGUGAUGAUCCACCGCAUGUUUGUUCAGGAGGAAAGGAUCAGGCUAGCGCUCGACAAGCAGUCGGUCAAGGAGAAAUCAGAGGAAGAUGUCUCAGUGCUCUCCCCAUCGCACAGCCUCUCCUCCUUGGCAUCCCUGGCCUCCAGCUCCAGUGCGGCACCAGCUCCCGACAGCCUGAAGGUGCCCCCAGCGCAGGCAGUGCCUCCCACUCCCUCCCCCAAGCUGGAGAUCAAGCCCAGUGGGAGCUCCCCCUCCGUCACCUGCACCAAGACUCCCCCUUUGCUGGACGAAGACGCGGACACCUUGCCCUCCGGGAACAAAUCCCCCAGCCAAGCCUGCGGAGCACCCAGUCAGAUCGGCCUCAAGCUGAAGAUCAAGCAGAGGGCUGGGCUAUGGCAAGCGGUGCACAACACCGCUUCAAAGGUGACCAGGGAUCGUGAUCCUGAUCCAGGAGCGGGCCUGGGGGCUCAGGGACACAACAAGGAACCGGGAUCCGAACCCACGACUGGGGCCCUGGAUCAGGAAGGCAACAGGAAAUGUUAG